AUGGCGGGCAAGAAACGCCUCGCGCCGUCGCGGUCGGGCCCGCAAAAACUGGCCGGCGGCAGCAAGGCUGCAAUCCCUGAAGUGUUCCGCGAGAUGCUGCGCGAGGUGCAUCGCGAGCAAUUGACGACUCAGAACAGCGACCCUGCGGAACGCCCGGCCAAACGCAAGAGGCCUGGUGAGGGACGCAUCGCAGCCAGAUCAACCACGGCGAAGGCGAAUGAGGACAAGGACAUGGACACUGUUAAUGAUACCCAAGGAAAGUCUCCCGGUAGUUCUAGCAUGCGUAAAGCUAGUACCACAGCCAGUAUUCCUAGGAACAAGGAGUACGAAAAGCCCCAAGUUGAUAGCAUUGGCAUGCCGAAACCCAUCAUCCAGACUGCAGUCCGGGAGUUGGACGAGGAGGACGAAGAUGAGUUCGAUGACAUCGACUUUGAGGAUGUGGCCAUAGGACCUUCUGCAUCAUCAAAGCCAGAAUCCGGUUCAUGCCAGACCUCCAGCGGUCUGAACUUAAAUCUGUCAGCUCAUCUUUCCGCCAAUGCCAAUACCCCAGGCCGUCCAGAGCGCCGCAAGCGCAUGACUCGGGAGGAAAAGCAACGCCGCAUCCAAGUGCACAAGAUUCACUUCCUAUGCCUGCUCGCCCAUGUUGAGCGUAGGAACUGGUGGUGUAACGAUCCCGAGGUGCAAGGCAUCCUCCGCAGUCUUCUUCCAGAGAAGACCAUUGGCGCAUUGAUCCCCAGGGAGUCGCUCAACCAGUUUGGCCGAACCCUGUCUUUGAAGCGCGGUGUCCAGGAAGCCCGCGACGCCUUCAAGAUCAAGUAUACCAUCAUGGAGCGAGGCCUUCGGAGGGCUCUCUGGGCAGAGGACGAAAAACAGCUGCGUAACUACCAGCUCCCCCAUGACAUGGAGUCCGUUAAGGAGAAAGAGGACUUUAUCAAGGCUGCAAAGACCAUGAGAGGCUCCCGCGACGUAGGUGCUCAGCUCUUUUGUGCCCUGCUCCGUGCCGUGGGCGUUGAGGCUCGACUAGUUUGCUCUCUUCAGCCACUGCCCUUUGUGUCCACUGCACCUUCGAUGUCACAGAGGGACAGCAAACCUGAAAAGCCGCCAAAGCCGAAUCCUAUCGAGCAAUAUGAGGCCGUGAUUGCCAAGAACACAACCAAAUUCCCUCAGUCUCCGGCCGGCGCGACGACCCUUAAUGUCGCGACGACUCUGGGUUUCCGGUCACACUUUGGUCGUCCUUAUCAUUAUACGACCUUCUACCAGCUGCCACAGACUACCUCCCCGGCGCAGUCUCCCCCUGUUCCUCCGCCGCCCCCGGUCUUCAAGAAGAUCCGUGACGAGUCUGCCUACCCAGUCUACUGGGUCGAAGUGCUCGACGCCGGCCCCAACACCUGGCACCCAGUCGAUCCCUUGGUGACCUGCACUCAAUGGAGGACCGACUGUCUCGAGCCUCCUCUCUCCGACCUGCAAAACAACAUGGCCUACGUCAUCGCCUUCUCAGCCGACGGCAGAGCCACGGAUGUCACCCGCCGCUAUGCAAAGGCAUACGCGACCAAGACUCGCAAGCUGCGUAUCGACGACCCCAGCUUAUACCCCACCAACCAUCUCGUCAACCCCAACAAGGCCGUCAUGACCGACGGCGAGCGCUUCCUCCGUCUGGCCCUGUUCCGUUAUCGCGGCCGCAUAACUCCCCCCGAUCAGGCCGAGCUCACCGAGCUCUCAACCAUCGAGUCGCGCGAGCCGAUGCCGCAAAACAUAAUCGACUUUAAAGACCACCCGGUCUAUGUCCUAGAGCGACACCUCCUCCAAAACGAAGCCCUCGUCCCGGACGCGAAACCCGUCGGCACCCUCACUACAGGCUCGACCAGAAAGAAGAAAGAAAAUAUCUACCUCCGCUCCGACGUGCGCGUCGUCCGCAGCAAAGAAGCCUGGUUCCGCCUAGGGCGGGUCGUCCGCCGCGACGAGGUUGCCGUCAAAAUCCUCCCACGCCGCCGGACCACCAAAGGGUACACCAGUCUGUCCGCUGCCGACUGCGAGGACGAUGACAUUGACCAUGUCGGCUUAUUCGGCGACUCUGCGUCCGGCAACAUCCCCCUGUACAUGUACUCCCAGACCGAGCGGUACCAAGCCCCACCCGUGCAGAACGGCGUUGUGCCGCGCAAUAGCUUCGGUAAUAUCGAGCUGUUUGUUCCCGGUAUGUUGCCGAAGGGCGGCGUGCACAUCAAGCAUGAGAUGGCGGGCAAAGCGGCGUGGUUGUUGGGCGUGGAUUACGCGCCUGCGCUCGUGGGGUUUGCGUGGGAAGGGAAGAUGGGGAGGGGCGUGUUGAAGGGGAUCGUGGUGGCCAAGGAAUAUGAGGAGGCGGUUUGGACGGUGAUUAGGGGUUUGGAGGAUUUGGAGAGGGAAGAAGAGGAGGAUAGGAAGAGGAGACGCGUGCUGGCAAUGUGGAAAUAUAUGUUGAGGGGGUUGAAGAUUAGGGAGAGGGUUUGGGCGAACGUUGAUGAGGGGGGUGAAGCAGAGGAUAAAGAUGAGGGUGGGAGCAUGAAGAUUGAGGAAAUACAGCAAGAACAUGUGCAGGUGGAGGAUGCUGAGGAGCAGUAUAACGGAGCUGGUGGUUUCUUUGUUCCUGACGAGGAUAAUGAUAAUGAUCAGGGUGGUGGCUUUCUGAUUGAGUAA